GAAAUGAUGGUAAUCUGGAAUAGAAGAUCCGGAAGGGGGCGUUCGACGGUAUAUCAAGUGAUGGCGCUGCGCAACUGAUAAACAAACGACAUUGUGCCGCCCUUUACUCUUGUAUUUACAGUGUAGAUUUGUCAAAGUUUCACUGCCGCUCUCUAACUGUAACAGCCUGCUGUCCGUGACUACGUUAUUCGGUGUCAAGCCAACUGACUACUUUCUGUUAAGCGAGCCCCUUUGCGUGCUACUGAAGAAAUCUCUUAUAUUUAUAACCCGUCUGUAUAGCGUUACAUGAGAUGUGUCCGAACGACAUGUUGUUCCAGUAUGAGAAAAUUGAAGACCUGACCCAGCAGUGAAGGGUGUGUGUAGUGUUAACCCCAUUGCCACUAACUAAUAAUUGACAAAAGCAAGUCCAUCUUGUGUUUUGAACAAAAAGUCUACCUUGUUUGAAGAGGAGCAGCUUAAGUUGUAAAGAGGAGUCAGUUGUACAAUGUCUUUGAAAAAGACCUUCUUUUGUUUUAAAAUCUUGUUGACUGUCGCAGUUGUGGUAGUUGUUGCUGCUGCAUUAUUGUCCAUCAACGUUGUGUUGCCCUACAAGAUCAAUUCUGCUGAAGAGCACAAACUUGAGAUUACGGACGAGUACCUGGACAGAGAGAUUAACUGCAAUAAAAUAAUUGGAAGGGAUGCUGAAGAAUUAGAAAAGGCGAAAAUCCUCUCCGUCACUGUCGAAUAUAAAAAGAGACGCCGGCUUACUAAUGAAGAUUAUGCUAAUGUUUCACAGAACUGUGAAGAAUUCAUUAAGCGUCACAAGUACGUAAUGUUCCCUCUGAGUGAAGAAGAAAAGGACUUUCCCAUUGCAUACUCGCUAGUUGUGCAUCAUAAGAUUGAUGUGCUUGAAAGGCUCUUAAGAUCUAUAUAUAAUCCUCAAAACCUUUACUGCAUACAUGUUGACAAAAAGUCACCAGAGUCUUUUUUGAAAGGCGUAAGUGCAAUCGCGGACUGCUUUGACAAUGUUUUUGUUGCCAGCAAACUGGAAAAUGUCAUUUAUGCAACCUGGUACAGAGUCCAAGCUGAUCUCAACUGCAUGAAAGAUCUAUACGCAAGGAGGACGAGCUGGAAAUACUUAAUUAAUCUGUGCGGCCAGGACUUUCCAAUAAAAACCAAUCUGGAGAUUGUAAAAACACUGAAAGCACUUAAUGGUAAAAACAGUAUGGAAACUGAGAAAAUGCCACCCAAUAAAGAGGUUCGCUGGAAAAUGCAUUAUGAUAUUGAGGAUAAUUCAAUCCGGAGGAGUAGUACGAAGAAAUCGGAUCCACCAAUAGACUCUCCAGUCUUCUCUGGGGGGGCAUACAUUGUGGUUUCCCGAGAUUUUAUUAAGUAUGUUUUAGAAGAUAAAAAAGUCCUUAACUUCUCAGAAUGGUCCAAAGACACGUACAGUCCAGAUGAAUUCUUCUGGGCAACACUGCAAAGAUUGCCCGAUGUCCCUGGUUCUUUACUAUCCAAUUCUAAAUAUGACAUCUCAGACAUGAACUCGCUCUCCAGAUUUGUGAAAUGGAGCUACUUAGAGGGGGACGUUAGGAAAGGAGCUCCAUACCCUCCUUGUACAGGCCAGCAUGUGCGUGCUGUGUGUGUGUUUGGAUCGGGGGACUUGGUAUGGUUACUUAAGCAGCAGCAUUUAUUUGCUAAUAAGUUUGAUGUAGAUGUUGACCCGUUUGCUAUCCACUGUUUAGAUAAACAUUUAAGGCACCAAGCGCUGUUUAUGAAAGAGCGAAGUUCAUUGUAGGCAUUUGACAAAUCUUCUUCAAUUAUUGGCCAUCAAUUUGACUUAAUGUUAUUGAUAUUGGGUUGCAUAUUUGAUUAAUCAAUUUGAAUUAAAACUGAAAUAAUCUAUUUUUUAUGCUAGUUAUUUCUUUUAAAUUUAUAUAUUAAAUGAUUAAGUGAUGGAAAAUCGGGAAACCUUUCCCAGGUGUAUUCCACCCAAACUCCUGCUUAUCUAGAAAUGGUGAGGUAGUACUUGAUAAUGAUGUACAUUUUUUGGAGUGUAUCUCCACAUUUCACGUUGUCUCAAGGGUAGCACCUGGCAGUGAGCCAUAGUUUACAACGGGAAGUGGGUGUUGCGUCGUGUGACACUGCUGUCCCAUGUCCAGUUGUCCAGUUUCUCAUCUGUUGAAUAUUUUCUAAGCAAAAUGAGUAAUCCCACAUUUGAAGGAUACGUCUAACUCGGGGCUCUUAAAAAUAACCAAUAAAAUCAGUUUGAGGAAAUGAAGUGAACCAAAGAGGUAAACCAUUAUGGAAAAUGCAAGGCCUUCACCUGUUUAAGGGGGGACUGCAGAUAAACACUCCUGACAAGUGCAAGAAGAACUUCAUUGAGAGCGAGUACAAGCAGCCAUGUCAAAGUAAAGUGAGAUGCUGUAAUGGAAGUUUAUAUGAAAAAAACUCAAAUAUAUUGGAGAGAUUAUAUAUUAGAUAUAGAUGACCAUCUAGCGACCCUAAAAAUAAGUGGACAGAGUUCAGUGCAAUAUGGAAAAAUUAUAUUUUUAUAAAAAUGUGAAUUUCAAUUUGCAAUCUACAGUUUCAUAUCAGUGUUUAUUAUUACUUUUUGUACAAAUUGGUUUGUUCUGACAUGUUACAGUAAAAUUUAAUAACCUACAGUUUGUUUUAUUGUGGUUGGGACAAGUAAGUUGUAGUUGUAUGUACAUGGAGAGCAGAUGGAAAUCUCCAUGACGGUGCAUUCAGCCGCUGUGUCCGACGGGUGCUGACGAUGUUCACAAUUGCACUUCUUUUGAGACUAAACUAAGCCCGUCAUCUGCAGACAGUGUGCAGAGCUCCGUUAGGAGUUAAUGACUACUGUUCGGCAGGAUUUGUUGUAACUUUAUUUUUUUAGUGGUGCGCAGGAAUCUUGGAAUGUGAAGUCCAAUUAUUGAAUAGUUAUUGAAAUGUGCGUCAAUGGUUUAAAAAUGGAAAGCCUGUGAAAGUAGUCUCUGUAGAAUAAGUAUCGAAUGUGGCCGUGUUAAGUGUUCACGGUUUAAAAUAAAAAGAGCCUUAAGUGCAUGAUUGGUGAAUAUUGAUAUAAAUGUUCUGCACAAGUUAAUAUUGAUUUGUAAAUAUUUGAAAAACAGGAAGCAGAGAUCCAAGUUGGGAAGCCUCGCACAAAGGGCCCGUUUUUAACAAGGCGGCCCUCGGCCUGUGGGUCUCGUGUGUGCUGCGAGGGCUGAUGUGGUAAGCAACUAACGAGAAAAGGGCGGUUAUACACUCCGGCAAGAAUUAUCUUCCUCUUUAUUAAUGAAAUGUGCCUCUUAUUUUUCUUUCCACAUCUUUAAUCAAACAAAAUGUAAAACCACAUGACCUUAUGCAAGUAACCCUUGGCACCAACUCCUGUGUUUUAAAUUAUUCAAAAAAAUUUGUAGGACUCUUGUUUCCCUUGAAUUUUUAAGGUUUUAUCAAGCAGUCAACAUUCAUUUCAAGGUAAACGAGGAGUUGUGUGAUUUGGGGGCUACAUGACCAGACCUACUGCAGAGGUGCCGAGUCUCUCACUGCAAUAAGAAUCGGACCACCGGGCCUCCUGCAAGUGCACUUAGUGAGAUGUGUGGCAACUCAGGGUUUAAUUAUUUAUUUCUAGAACUCUAUUUAACUUUAAAGUAUUGUGUUAGAAAGAACCAUAUGUCUCAAAGACAAGUUUAUGCCUUAUUUCUUGGGGUAUGUUUAAUAAUAAAAAAAAAAAUUGUGAAUUUAGUUUGUGAUACAAAAGUUUUCCAAUUUUUAUAUGAAUGUAUACAUUUUGUUUUGCACUGUAUCAGAUUAAUAGGGCAGGGGACUACUUUGUUUCUUCUUCUCUGUCUUUCUAAUCUUCAAAAGCAAAGCUGUUUUUGAACAUGCAACUGUAAUACAAUUAUGUUAAGCAAAAAUAAAAGAUUUGUUCAGACUU